AUGGUUGAUCUCAAGGCACCAAAUGUGACGGCCCAGGAAAACCGGCAGCUGGCCGUCGAGGAGGCACCGGACUUCGAGAAGGUGUCCUGGACGAAGGACAAGGGUCUACGCAAGCUCUACAUCAACUGCUGCUUCGGUCUUUUGGUCGCUUCUGCUACCACUGGGUAUGAUGGAUCGCUUCUCAAUCUCUUGCAGCAGUACGACUUCUGGGAGGCUUACUUCCAUAACGUUGGAACGGACCCUUCCAAGUCCAGUCUCCUCGGCCUCUUGACCAACAUGUUUACCAUCGGCUCCAUUCUCUCCAUGUUCAUCGUGCCGACGAUCACCGAUCGAUAUGGGCGCAAGCCCUGCAUCGUCGUCGGCUGCGUCUUCAUGAUUAUUGGUUGUAUCAUCAACACUGCCUCGAUAAAUUAUGGAAUGUUCUGUGCUGGUCGUUUCAUUCUCGGAUUCGGCAACUCGCUCAGCCAGCUGACCUCACCAAUGUUGUUGACCGAGAUUGUUCACCCCCAGCACCGUGCUCCGGUGACCACCGUGUAUAACUGCUUGUGGAAUCUGGGAAGCUUCUUCUGCAAUGUUAUCGGCUUUGGCCUCCAAUACGUAAAGAGCGACUGGUCGUGGCGAGCCCUGACCCUCUUUCAAAUUGUGCCGGCCAUCUGCCAGCUUAUCUUCAUCUGGGGAAUCCCCGAAUCCCCCAGAUGGCUGAUCUCCAGGGACCGCCACGAAGAGGCCCUCCAGACCUUGGCUAAGUGGCAUGCCAACGGUAAUGAGCAGGACCUUACAGUACAAUUUGAGUACCGCGAAAUCGGCGAAACUCUUCGGAUUGAGAAGCAAAUUGCUGGAAGCAGCAGUUACCUCGACUUCUUCAAGACCAGGGGUAAUCGCUGGAGGCUUGCCAUCAUCAUUUCUAUCGGUAUCAUCUCACAAUACAGCGGUAACGCUGUUGUUUCCAACUACGCAAAUUUGGUCUACAAUGGUGCUGGCAUCACAACGCAGGUGCAGAAGCUUGGUCUCUCUCUUGGUUCAACCUGCCUCAGCUUGAUCGUCUCCAUCAGCGCUGCGCUUAUGGUCGACAAAGCCGGACGACGCCCGCUUUUCCUGAUCUCUAUUACUGGCAUGGUUAUUUCAUUCGCACUCUGGACUGCCAUGGCCGGCGAAUACGAAACUCAUAAUGACGCGCAAAACUUUGGUAUCGCCCAGAUUGUCUUUGUCUGGAUCUUUGGUAUCUUCUACUCUAUUGGUUUCUCGGGUCUGCUUGUUGCCUAUACCCUCGAGGUCCUGCCUUUCCACCUCCGCGCCAAGGGCGUGAUGAUCAUGAACAUCACCGUUCAGGCCAUUCUCGCCAUUUCGGCCCAGACAAACCCUGUCGCAAUCGAGAACUUGCCCCAUGCUUGGAACUUCUGGCUCUUCUACACUCUUUGGGACUGCGUCGAGGCUGUCUGGGUUUACUUCGUCUUCGUGGAAACCAAGGGCCCGACCCUUGAAGAGGUCGCUAAGAUUUUCGAUGGUCAGGAGGCAGUGGCUCAUGUCAGCCUGGAACAGACUGCGAAAGAGAUUGAAAUUCUCCACAAGGAAACAGCCGAUGAGAAAAAUGUCUGA